AUGUUGUAAUUAUUUGAAACCGUAUGCAUUAUUUACCAAACACUUCAGCUUCAAGAAAACUUCUUCAUGCAUCUGUUGUCUUUCUGCUUAUGACCUCCAGGUCCUCCAGUGAAACCAGAGAAUCUGUCAUGCACUGCUGUGCAAAGGGGCGAGAAUAUUUCCCCUUACAUGAACUGCAGUUGGGAUCUAGGAUCACAAAAAACACUGAUUUACGCAACUUACACUGUUUCUGUCAACAUCCUUGUGUCAAACAUUACAUAUAAAGAUGACUGUGAACGGCCACUUGCAAGAUCCUGCAUCGUCGACCUGGAAACUUUUCCGAUUCAUAUGGUUGUGAAAGUGUGGGUUGACGUGAAGAAUGCGCUGGGGUCAGAGCGCUCAGACGAACUUAUAAAAGAUUCUUCCUAUUUUGUGAAACCAAAUCCACCAUUGAAUGUCAAAGUCCUCACUGAAGUUAACAUCCCCACAUCUCUCAUGGUUACUUGGAAACAUCCCAUUGACAGGACCGCUUUGAAACUCUCUUAUGCCAUUAGAUACCGGAAAGCAGCAUCUGAUGUUUGGAUCGAGGUGCCGGAGCUCUUCACCAGAGGUUACAUUACGUCGUUCAGACUGCAGUCUCUGGAGCCGUACACUCAAUACGAGGUGCAGAUGCGAUGCAUUGGAGAAAAUUAUAGCAGUCACUGGAGCGACUGGAGCACAAGCGUUACAGGGAGCACUGCGGAAGCCGAGCCUGCAAGCGCACCUGAUCUCUGGAGAUUCAUCCAGCCCAUCUCUAAUAAUAACAGAAAUGUCAUAUUCGUAUGGAAGGCUCCUGUAAAAGCUAAUGGAAAAAUACUGGAAUAUUACCUGAAUAUCAGUCAGGAUGACGGGUUAAAAAGACACCUUGUAAAAGCAGAUAAGCUCAGCCUGAAUUAUACGAUGGAGCUGCCAACAGGAAAAUGGGCCAAUAUUGAAAUAACUGCAGCCAAUUCAGCUGGAGUGUCUCCUAAAGCAACUUUAUUCAUUCCAGCAACAGGUCAAGAUUUCGCAGAGCAUCCUGUCAUACAGAAUAUGAGCUGGUCGGUGAGUGAUGAAGAGCCAAAGCCGAAGAUGCAGGUGGAGUGGACUGCUGCCCUGCCUCUUCCAGCUGGCUUACGUCCCUCUGAAUACCUGCUGGAGUGGGUGCAAAUCACAAAGGAUGGGCAAGAAAAAGAGCUUCAUGCAGGCUGGCAGAGAGUCCCUCACAAUGUCACCAAUACCACACUAAACGGUCAUUUGGAAGAAUGCAUUCGGUACAGUAUAUCAGUGUAUCCAAUUUACAAGUAUCGUGUUCAGUACACAUUGCAGACACACGUCCACGCAGGAUUACCAGUAACCAGACCAGCCUACAUUCGGCAAGAAGCUCCAAAAAAGGGUCCCGCUGUCGAAGUAAAAUCUAAGAAAAACAGUGCCGAGCUAAAAUGGGAGGUGAUUCCUCUUGACAGCCGGCGUGGAUUCAUCACCAACUACACCAUAUUCUAUGCCUUCGGGAACACCAAGCAGUGGAAAUUGGUGGAGACAGUGGCCCCUAAUGUCCACUCGUAUUUACUGACUGAUCUGGCCAGUGAAACAGAUUAUGUGGUUCGCAUCAUGGCGUCGACGGUAGCAGGCUCUACCAAUGGCACGGAUUGUAAUUUCAGAACUAUUAAGUACGGUGAUGGAGAGGUGGAGGUGAUAGUAGUGGUGGUUUGCCUCAGCUUCCUGUUCCUGACUGUCUUUAUCAUAAUGUUCUGCCUUUGGAAACGAGAAGUGAUUAAGAAGCUGCUGUGGCCGCAGGUUCCAGACCCGUCUGACAGCUCCAUUGCUCACUGGUCACCUGAUUUCCCCAUUAAGGCCGACAUGCCCAAAGAAGACGUUAGCGUGGUGGAAGUGGACGUGUUUGACGGCAAGUCUCUAUGCGAGGAAGACAAAGCCGUGCUGCCGCUGAAGAAGGACAAGUAUCUCUCCGAGGAGCACAGCAGCGGCAUCGGAGGCUCGUCCUGCAUGUCGUCGCCCCGCCACAGCGUGUCGGACAGCGACGAGGGCGACUCGGGCCAGACCACGGCCAGCACCGUGCAGUACUCCUCAGUGGUGGCGAGCGGCUACAAGGGCCAAACUCCCAACCAUCAGCCUCCGGUGUUCGCUCGCUCCGAGUCCACGCAGCCUCUUCUGGACUGCGAGGAGCAUCCGGACCAUCUCAACGAGAGCGGAGGACACGCCAGGAACUCGUACUUCAGACGAGGCAGAGAAUUAGAACAGGGCCUCGUCGGUCAGGAAUGCGAUGGAGGCUCUCUUACUUUCUGUCCGGUGCAGGAGGAGGAGGCGUCUCCAGUCGCCGAGGACCCGCCCGCCUCCGCCUUAAGUUACAUGCCGCAGCAGAGCGGCUACCGACCUCAGUAAAACAUUCAUCCGGAUGCUGGCGCUUUAAAGACGGCCCUAAGCUACUGUGUCUCACUGUGCCUGUCGUGAACAUUUCAUUUGGCAUUUUAACAGGAUUGCAAGCUUACACCAGAUGUGUAUGGUAACACUAGACUGCUCCUUUUAUAACAAAUCCGUGAAGCUGUCUACACUUCAAGAUGUCACACUGCCAUGUGCCUUCAGAGGAAAGAUGGGCUGUUUGUACGAUGGCUACUCCAGCCACUUCCUCCUAACUGCUGCUUCGAACCGCAUGCAUGUUUAGUUGUAGCAUUGUGUAAAAGGGGUUUCCAGUGGAUUUCCGUUUGCUCAUUUCUUGCCGAUUGGUGAAUGUGCUGCAGUGUACACAGCUUCGAUUUGACUCGCUUCCAGUAUAGACACAGUGUUGUUUAGAAAACAAUGAACAGUUUAUGCCAACUUGCAUUAUGGUAUUGACACAUAUUAUUGAUUAUGGUAUUACAAAUAUUCAUCUUUUAACAAUAUGCAACUGCCGCUUGAGUUAACCUUGCUUUCAUGUUCCUCUUGAUCAUUUUCUCCUAGGAUAAAACUAACACUACAUUAAAAUUUCAGUUACAAAAUGCAGAUAUUUUAUUGUAUGCCUUAUUACAUGUAUUCAUGUAUCUCCGUAAGAUUUAUGUGUUUAUAUCAUUGCAUCACUUAGGUGUGUAUCACUGAUACUAGGUCAAAUAAAGACUUUAUUCAAAUGUUUUGUAGUCUGUAAGACUUGUGGUUUACUGCAUAGCUUAUACCUUCAGUCUAUGGGUAGUGCUUAUUGGUAACAGCGGCUUCUCUGAUUGGUGGUUCCCACUUGAUGACUGUGGGCAAUGCAGUACUUCGCCUUUGUUUAGGGUUGCAAUUUGUGUUGAGAAACACUGAUCUAAGCGAUGAGAAAUUUAACCACUGUAAAACUAAUAUGCACGAUCAUGAGACUCAACAUGUUACUGUAUGAAUUAAAUAUACACUGAUUCUUAUUAAAGCUACUAAAGUUACUCAGUCAA